AUGAAGCAGGAAGAGGUCAAUUUUGACUACUUGCCCAGGAACAACAAGGACUACGACUGCUUGGCCAAAGAAUUGAACGGCCUGCAGCUGCGAGCACUCUGUAAAGGCUGUCCCAACCGCGUCUACUCGGUGUCCUUCCAUCCAGACCAAUGUAAAUCGCUGGACGUUGUCGACAAACACGGCCAAGGUGCAUCCGUUUUUUUGCCAGCCAGGCGGGUCAAAAAAGAAGUGAAUGAAUUGGAAGAAGAAGACAAGGAAGAUUGGCCGGAGUAUGUGGAAGGGGUGUCCUCUGUUGUCCUACUUCAUCCAGACCCAUGCCCCCAACUUGCCCGUCUUGCCCAUCCAAGCCCAUCUAAGCAACCCGCAUCUGCUCAUCACAAGAUCAGCAUGGAGAUCGUCAAUUGCCAGGCCCUCUCUCCCGCCAACGCCAUCCUCUUCUCCGCCUUUGACUUCGCAAACCACGGCCGCGAUCUUUGGGCCUCCGACACCGCCGGCAGGCUUGUCCAUCGCGACCUCCGCCAACCCAAGUCUUCCGCCCGUCUUUGGACGGCCUCUAAGAAGAAGAUCGGCUGCCUCAGUAUCUGUCCCAACUCUGGAGACAGACUGGCAGUGACUGCCGGACUGAACCAAGAGAUACAGUAG